UGGCUCCAGGAGGAGCACGACAAGUUCCUAGAGGCUCUGCGCAUGUACGGCCCUAAGGCCAUGAAGGCGAUCUCGGACCACGUGAGGACGAGGACGCCGGUACAAGUGCGGACACACGCUCAGAAAUACUUUCAGAAGCUCGCAAGGAUC